CGAAAUCGUAGUUUAUAUUCAUCAGAGCCAAAAAUAUCAUUCAUUCACUUGUCAUAUAUCAUCGAUUUUUUAUAUCUCAAAAUGCUUGCUGGUCGCUUUGUUACAACAGCCCGCAGUAGCGUGAGCGUUGUAAAAGGACGCAUUGCGUAUCCUUACAGACCCACAUUGAACUCCCAUCUAUCGAACCAAUCAACUCGAAUUACCGCUUCCAAGUUCUCGACUUCGAGUCCCGGCCUUUCAACUAAGAAGCCUGCUAACGACCCUUCGAAGCAGCAGCCCGAUGAAAUCCCGCCUAUGGGCUUCAGCUUCGAAGGAUUGGGCAUGACCCGAAGGACUAAGAUCGCUGUCAUUAUUAUCAUAAGCAUAUUCGCUACGAUGGAGACUAUUUUCUAUAUCAGGUGGUUUUGGGGUUGGUACUCAGGUACCGAGGACGAUGAGACAGAUGUAGAAAGCAAGGCUUGAGCCCAACUUUGCUGUCUCGUUUUUUGCUAUGCGGUUGAUGCAGCCCCAUCUCUGCAAUAGGCCGAGAGACUUUUUCUGUCACGCAGAGUACCUUGUAUUAUUAUACUGAUGUUAUACUAAUGUCUCGGAGGAGACCCUAUUCGCCGCUCAAUUCAAACGAGCUCAGCUCUUGCACUACUAUCCGGGAUGGUGGGUUUUUAAGCGAACUUGGAGGGCUCAAUAUUUUUGCACACCUUAGCAGGUCUCCAUCGGACCUUCGUUCGAGUUUGAGUCAGCUGUCGGGUGCUGUCGCGUUCAACCGUUGCACCGCUGCUUGCGCCAUCUGGAGCUCUAUUAAGCCUUAAAUAGGCUCUACGAAAUUAGGUAGCUAUGGGGAAGCCUCAGAUGCUAGCGUUAUGCGUGGUGGUGAGGAUAAUAAGGGGAGAGGUUUACCACCUCAACGCGUUCGAAUCUCUUAUUCAUGUAUUUCAUUUCAUAUGUCGUCUAAUAUGAGUUAUGACAGAGCGUUCAAGUUAGCAUAGAGAACGUGACAGGAAGGGUGUUCAUCAAUGCAACUGAAACAGGACGAUCAUUCCAACUUCUCUAGAGUCUAGGAGGUAUACGUAUGCACCGCCACUUCACUCUUAAGAGUCGAGACCU